AUGGACGCGCACGCUGCCAGUGCCUCUCGAGUAUCGACGGCGCCGACGUGCCUGCGCGCGCGGCCCCGCUCCGCGGCGCACCUCGGCGCCUCGUCUCUCGCCCCCCGCGCCGCCAUCGCGCCCUCCGUCGCGAACGCAUCGACGGCCCCCGCGCCGGCCCCGUCGACUGAUGCCGGGGACGCGCGAGCGGUGGAAUCAGGCGCGCGCCGCCUCUACAGCGACGCCAUGCACCAGCGCAUCCUCACGGACGACCGAUACGGCUACCGGCCGAGCUGCAACCCGAACGCCGUCGUCCGCAAGAUCCCGGACGCGCCGCACGACGACGCGUUGCACAGCGACCUGUACGUGGCGUCCCUGGACGACCUGCCGCGGGAGUAUGACGCCGUUCUGGCCGACCAGUUCUUCGGCGAGCGUCCCUGGCUCGCCGCUACGCGCGUCGUCGGGGUCGCCGCGGGCCUCACUGCCUUCGUGACGCGCGCGGGGGGGUGGGAGGCUGUCCUGGCGCGGUUCCGGUCCGGAGCGGAGGGGACGCCGGUCCGGCCCGACGGUGAGGCCGCGAGGGUCGAUGAUGCGCUCGUGCGCGCGCUCCCGAAGUUCGGACCGACGUUCGUGAAGCUUGCGCAAACGAUGGCGACGCGCGCUGACGUGCUGGGCGACAGGCUCGCGGAGGGGCUGUCGGAGCUGCAGGACAGCGCGCCGCCGAUGACGCGCAAGGAGCUGGUGCGCGUGCUCAUGGAGGAGUUCCCGGGGGCGAGCCGGGGCAUGCCGGGCGGAGCUGGGCGCGACUCGGUGGCGGUGGGGCCCUUCGCGCGGUUCGAUCUGCGCCCGGUCGCGGCGGCUUCGCUGGGGCAGGUGCACUACGCGGUGCUCGCGGACGGGCGGAAGGUCGCGGUGAAGGUGCAGCGGCCGACCGCGAUGGCUGACGUGUCGCUCGACGUGUACCUCCUGCGCAAGGCGCUCGGGGUGGUGCGCAAGGCGGCCAAAGUGCGGCGCGACCUGGGCGAGCUCGCGGACGAGAUCGGCGCAGGGCUGUAUCAGGAGCUGGACUACCGUGAGGAGGGCCGGAACUCCGAGGAGUUCGCGCGCGCGCACGCCGGCCGCAUCCCCGGCGUGGCCGUGCCCGGCGUGGUCUGGGAGCACACCACGCGCCGCGUCCUGGUGACGGAGUGGGUCCCCGGCAGCGGCGUGUCGCAGCUCGUGACGCAGACGCGCUCCGAGGACCCCGAGGUCGCCGACGCCGCCCGCGCGCGCCUCAAGGCGGUCGUGCGCACCGGCGUGCAGUGCUCAGUCAGCCAGCUGGUCACGACGGGCGUCAUGCACGCGGACCCGCACCCAGGCAACCUGAUGCUCGCGAACGACAGCGACACGCUGUUCUACCUCGACUUCGGGCUGCUGACGCGCGUGCCGGCCCACCACCGCGUCGCCAUGAUGUCGGCGCUGGCACACAUCGCCACCGGCGAGUGGCGGGCGUUCGUCGAGGACCUCUCGCGCCUCGGGAUGCUCAAGGCGGCGUCGAACAAGGACGCCGUCGCCGAGACGGCGCGCACGGCGUUCCUCUCGCGCUGCCCGCCCGCUGAGGGCCAGAGCGCGGAGAUGCCGGAUCUGUCGCGGAUGACUCUCUCCGCCGUCACGGGCGCUAUGGCCGACAUCGGGUUUGUGCACCGGCUGUCUCUGCCGCCGUACUACACCCUCGUCGCGCGAUCGCUCGCUACGAUGGAGGGCCUCGCAUUGGCGGCGGAUCCGGAAUUCAAGAUCGUGCAGGAGGCGCUGCUCGCGACGCUGACGGAGCUCGCGGGCGACCCGCGGCAGGAGGCGCGGGAGCUGCUGUUCGGGCUGAUGUUCCGGCCCGAGCGGGAGGGCGGGGGCCUGCGCCUCGACUUGCUGCGGCGUCUGACUGGUGCCGCGGAGUCGGGCGACGAGGCGGCGGCGAGCAGCGGGCGGUCCGCGGCGCUGCUGCUCUCGGCGCGGUCGGCUGGCGUGCGCCGCGUCGUGGGGCGCGAGAUGGGCGUCAAGGGGGUGCUGAAGCAGCUGUCGGGGCGCGAGGGCGCGCGCUUCCGCCAAGCGAUGGGGACGGCCGUGGCCGUCGCGAUGCUGUCGCGCGGCAUCCUCGGCCGCAUCGCGAAGGGCAGGGAGGGGCAGGGCGACGCGUGGUUCGGCCCGGUCUCCGAGACGCAGCGUCGCGUGUACCGGAAGAGGAUGUGGCUGGUGGCGCGCAUGGUGGCGGCGCGGUGCGUGCGGGACGUGCGCUGCUGGCCCGCCGCGUUCGGCCUGAUGUGCAAGGUGCUCAAGGAGGCCUGGGUCGCGCGCAAGCAGCUGAUUUCGCCGCCGUACGACCCUGCGCCGACGGAGGUGGCGGUGCAGGUGCCGGACCUCUUCGGGUCGGACAACAACAGCAGCAACAACGCCGCGGCGGCGGUUCCCGCGUAG